UAAAAAUCGUUAAAAUGAUGUUCGUAAAUCAUUAUUCAUUAGCCUUUUUCUAGAUCUCUAAAAUGUCUAAUUGUUGUACGUGUAACACUUUGUAAAUAUGUAAAUGCCGUAAACCAUAAAAAUGUUGACUGUCGUCAUUGCAUUAUCGUUUGUUUUAAAUUGAAUACAUUUUGGUGUAUCCUUAUUGAUAUCACACAAUUAACUAAGUAAAACUGUUCAACAAUGGACUUAAAACAAGGUUCAAGUACUGAUUGGUGUYCAGAUGAUUUUGAUCAACAUGAUAUCAAUAGACCAGGACCUUCAGGAAUGAAACACAACACGGGUCAUUUUGUGAUUGGCGGUAUGAAGUUUAAAAAUAUUGAUUUCAUUAAAGAUACCUUCACAGAUGAUAGUAUUGUAUUAUCAGAUACCAACGGCCGUCCAUUUGAUGUACUAACCAACAAUGAUAUGCAUUCCAUGGCAGUUCUUGAUAACCAAGCUACAGAUUUUGGAAUGACUAAACACUCACAAACUGUAAUGUUACCAGAAUACAACACUAUGUCAGAAGUGGAGACUUUGGUAUCAAUGCCAGAUCAGUAUUUUCAAAAUGAUUUAUAUCACAUUAAAUCAAAUAAUAUGUCUCAAGUCUCUAAUAGACAUUCAGUCAUGGAUAGUUUAUCACAUGACAAUUCUUUGGUGCAAAUUGAUCAGUUAUCAUUUAUUCCCAAACAAACUGAUAAUUUUGUCAAUAAUCUGGGAAGUAAUCAAGAUUUGAUUUUAGAGACUGGGAACAAUCGUUUUAUCUUUUCAGAAAAUGGUGGUAGUUAUAUUGAAGUGACUUUGAAAGAUAAUAAUGUGUUAAAUAAUGAUGGAAAUGAAUUUUAUACUGUACCACAGUCUAGAUCUAUUCAAAAUAAUCAUAUUGCCCAAAAAAUUGUGUCCAUAGAUGAUUUAAGUUUAUUAUCUUCUCCAAAAUCACAUCAUAAUGUAGAGUUACUAGUCAACCACGAAGAAUUAGUGGACAAUAUAGACACUUGUGAUAUAGCAGUUGUUGAUGAAUCACAAAUUCCACUUAACACUAGUCAGUUAAAAGGAAGAAUCGAUGAAGGAUCUGAAAGUGUUUCUCUUGAUGUUGAUCAUCAUCAACAUAGUUCAGGUUUUCAAAGAAUGUCCAAAGAAACAAUUGAAAAGAUAGCAGAAGAAUUUGUUAGACAACCACUCUGUAUUGAUGAAGAUAUUAGUAUUAAUUUUAUCAGUAGAAUUAAUCCAAAGCCACCUGCUCUAAUAGAAUAUUGGUGUGAAGAUUGUAAUAAGCUAUAUCAAAAUGAAUCAAACUGUCCAAUACAUCGAGUGAGUAGUAUCAUUGAUCUAGCUGUACAAACUAGAGCUAGAGCAUCAUUACCUGCUACACAUUUAAGAAUUAUGAAGAUUAAAAAUCAAGAAAAUUUAAAUAAUAAGUUUGGAGUAUUUGCAAGAAAAACAAUUCAAAAACAUACCCAGUUUGGUCCAUUAGAGGGUGUUAAUAUCAAGGAUGAAGAGUGUGUUGAAGAGUCUAUGAAUGAUGAGUUUAAAUAUUUGUUGGAAGUAGAUAAACAGUUUAGAAGAAUUGAUGUUUCAAAUGAAGAUAAAUCCAAUUGGAUGUGUUUUGUGCGACCAGCAAAAACAAAACACGAACAGAACAUGAUUGUUGACCAAAUCGGGGAUUAUCUUUAUUUUACAACUACAAGAGCAAUUUACCAACGAGAAGAGUUACUCGUUGGAUACAGCACAUUUUAUGCACAUAAACGAGGCUUACAUGUAUUAUUGCCUGCAGUUAUCAAUCAUGGGAUUUCGUCUUCUCUUGCACGAAAAACGUUUAAAUCGUUGAAAAUAUCACAGGAGCUGAACAGACCAUUGUCAGAACAUUUUAGAAAUAAUCUAUCAAGUAAAGGAAAAAUGAUGUUCUCAUCACCGACGACUUGCAAGCAUAUGACAUUAAAAAGAAAAUUAUCCAAUCGAUUUGGUAAAAAUAAUUCACAGUGUAAUCUUUGCGUCAAUGCAAAGAAUAAUUCUAAAAACAACUAUAGAAUGAAAUUAAGAUCGAACAAUAGCAUCCAACAUAUUUGGCUGUGUAUGUCUUGUGAUUUGAAAUUCUCAAAACGUGAAACAAUUUUAAUACACAUCAAAUUGCACGAAGAUGAAUUUGAUGCCGAACAAGCAACGUUAACUGAUACCAGUUGUCCAGAAUGUAAUUCUGAAUUUCAUCAAACCGAAGAACUAAUUAAACACGUUUACGUGCACAGUUUUACGGAUAACCGAAUGGGCCUAGGUGGAACCUUUUAYAACUGUUAUCAGUGUGAGAGGAGAUACAGGAAUGCUAUCCAUCUAAGGGCUCAUCAAGCAAAACACAAGGAAAAUGAACUCAAGCCGUACAAAUGUAACAUGUGCGAUAAGCGUUUUUUGAACACAGUCGUCUUAACGUGUCACGUGCGCACCCAUUUUGAGGGUGUAAUUUACGACUGUCCUAUGUGUCGCCUGACAUUUGUUGAUUUGAAAUCAUUAAAGGGACACGUAUAUUCCCACGCAGUGAACAACAUCUUCUAUUGCCCGAUGUGCCCUCUCCAAUUCAAUACUUAUAAGUUGAUCAGAAAGCACAUCCGAGCCCGGCAUCAUGGCAUUGAGUUUGGUUGCGAAUAUUGCAAUAGUUCGUUCAAUAGUCGUUUCAAUCUCAAUUUACAUAUGCUCAGCCAUUCGGACCAAAGGGAUUUUUUGUGCACCAUGUGUGGUAAACAGUACAAGAGAAAAGACAAACUGAAGAUACAUAUGAAUAAAGUUCAUUAUUCUAAGAAAAAGCCAUCGAAAACUCAAUUAAAAUUAGAAGCGAGAGCGGAGAGAAAAGCACAACAAAUUCAAAUGAAAACAACUAAAUCAAUGUUGGAGUACGAAAGUUCAGAGUUCAGGUGUGAUAAAUGUUUGGUGGGUUUCAAAAGAAGAGGCGUUUACGUAAAUCAUUUGGUUCAGAGACAUCCCGAAAUAAGUCUUGAUUCUGUGCCGUCGCUCAACCAACCGGUUGCACCUAAAGCUAAAAUGUACAUGUGUUUGUACUGUGAUAAAAUGUACAAGACUAACGCUAAGCGGAAAUCGCAUAUACUUAAAAAUCAUCCAGAUUGUGAACUCCCCGAAAAACCGACUGAUAAAACGGUUACCAUUGAUGACGGCCCGUCCAGCAAUCAAAUGGAUAGCAGCACUGUCGCCACUGCGUCGUCUCAGGCGCACAGUUGCCAGUGGUGUUACAAACAAUAUGUGUUAAAAAAUAAACUGUUAAGACACCAACGGGCACAUCACUACCACUUGUUGCCUCCUUCCCUACAAGAACCACAACCAUCGAAAAAGCUCGGACAUAAAGUAAAAAAAAUAGAACAACCCCCUCAAACGGUUAAUAUUCAGUUUACCGAUACGGAUGGUUUCGAAUUAACGGCCACCGACAUACAGCUGGACAAUCCAAUCGAACCGGGCAGCAUAAUAGCCAUCAAACGGCCCAUAAAAAAUAAUUCCGAGUACAUGACGCAGGCCAUGCGAGACUUGGGCUUGAGCCCAGCCGACGAUGAACUGAACGAGGAGCAGUACUACCGGAUAUUGGACACGCAGGGUGACGUGGCUUACGCCCAGGCCAUCGAUCCGCCGGUCACCUUACUCACGUUUGACGGCCAGACUAUUCAACAGGUGCUGUCUUCUUGCGUGCCGGCUACUUUACCAAUUUCUGACGGUUGCUCGACAAUGACGACAACAACCGGAAGCAACUGCAUGGCGACGACUGAUGGUCUUCAGUAGCAACACCACGAUGACCACCAACGCCGCCGCCGUCGAGAUCAUCGCCUUUCCUCGGCGUCAGACGUUUAAGAUCGCGUGCUGCUUGCUUUCUCUGUGUUAGGACGUGCCAACGUGAAUUUGGUAAUGUCGAAAAAAAAAUCCCAGAGUAUCGAUCGUCCAUGUUUCUUGUCGCCGUGUCCUGUUUUCAUAAUGUCAUUCCUCUCCUCUUCCCGCGGAUCUAAUACUGGGACACAGCUCGGGUCUUGGUUGUUGUUUGGGAAAACUUCCGAGUCGUAUMGUGUUGCGUUCCGACGCAUAAAUAAGUGUCUCAGACUUUUGGUUGGUUCGCAGGUCGAAUAUGAAUUAGGGUAUAAACUUAAGAAAAAAAAGUAUUACUAGAGUAAAUGUUUGAACUAAAUGCAUACAUAUUAUAUACCAAAUUUAUGUAUGUGUUUGCCGGUAGGUAUAGGUAUAAUUACGUGAUAGAGUGUUUCUUUUCCUUUUGUGCUUUAUGUAUUUAAGUACACACCACAUUUUAAUUUUAUUUCAGCAAUUUUCUUCGCCAAAGUGUGAUGUGCAACGAAUGUAAUUGCUGUAACAUAUUAAUACURGUCAAUCUCUGUGCUUGUGUAUUUGUGAUCAUAAUGAUAGAAUUAUAGUAUACGAGACAUAAUCAUUAAUCAUAUUAUGAUUAUUUUUCUGAAUCAUAUAUUCCUUGUUUAAAAUAAAUUUGUUUAUUAUUGAUUUUAUUUUUCAUUCUUGAAUGCUUUCUUCUGUGUUUGUGUACAAUUCAUUGUUUCGGAAACAAGUCUAAGUUAUUGUUGUUUUGAGGUUUAUUUUCAAGUAAACAGAGUGUGUCAUAAUAGUUUCACAAUUGAAUUUUUGUAUUAAAGUUAUAUUUAAAUAUUAUGGCACAUACUCCUUUAUCUUCUCUUCUACUUUAUAUUAUGGGGAAUCUAUAAGCUAUAAUAAAUAAAUAAGUAACUUAUUAUACUGAUAUACAUCGACUGUAUGAAUCUUAAUAAUAUUCGUUUUACUUUUUACUUAAUAUAUUUGUCUAAAAGUUUACGUUUUCACAUAUUAAGUAUCUAGUUGUAUGAUAUUAUAACUAUACAUUAUUAUAAAAUUGACCUUAUUAUUAGUAAGUUGUUAUCAUAGAUUUAUUUUUAAUAAUAUKUUAUUUGAUGUGUAUUAGUUUCAUUGUUCAUCUAUUGCGUACAUAAAAUGUGAUGUUAAUUUUUAUUAUUAUAUUAAUAUAUAAUGGAUAAAUUAAAAAAUGAUAUUGCAUGGUAUACUAUACCUUGUACCAAAUAAGAGCGUACCAAAUUUAUGUAACAAAACCGGUUUUGUCUGUGGCCGCCCGGUGCGCUCUUAUUUGGUACGGAGUAUAAUUAAGUUGAUAAUUCAAUAAGUUUCACGUAUAGCACAAUGUUUUGGUCAUGUAGCAGUAACUUCACCAUAAUUCCUUUACUGUCUGAAGUUUUUAUAAAAUUAAACAACAUUGUGUUAUUUUAUUAUAUCGGUAAUGUAUUGUAUAGGUAAUUGU